GACGUGUAGGGGCUGCUCGGAUUGCUCUGCCGCUCAAUCUUUCAUGCCGAUUUGUCUGGAUUUAACGCCGUGACUUUGGAGGAUGAGUGUGGAAGUGGAGAGAAAGUUUUUAUGCAACGCUGACACUCUGAAAACGCUGGAGGAGAUCGGGGCAGUGUGUGUUGGUCAGCGGCAGUUUCAGGAUCAGUACUUUGACACUCCAGUGUUUGACCUCACUUUGAACGACAUGUGGCUGCGUAAGCGUAAAGGAUGCUGGGAGCUCAAGUGCCCGACGACAGCAGUCAACGGGACAGAGGAGACGAGUGGGGAACAAUCUAAAGCCGCUGCAUUGUGUAGUCGCUACAAGGAGAUAACGAAUCUGCCCGAUAUUCAGCUGAGAGUGAAAGAGGUCAUCAAAGAGGACGUGGACAGUGAAACAACAGAGAAAAUCUCAUCACAGGAGGAUGAGUCUUGGUUGGGUAUAAUGAAUCUGGUAUGCUUUGCAGAGUUUACAACAGUGCGACGGUCAUUCACUUUAGAGGAGGAGGGGGUGCAGAUUGAUCUAGACCAAGCUGACUUUGGCUACCACGUGGGAGAGAUAGAGGUCCUCAUACCAGAGGGAGGAGAUGUGCAGUCCGCCCUGGAGAAGAUUGAAAGAACAGCUCAGAAGCUGGGUCUGACUGGACAUCAACGAGUUGAGGGAAAAAUGCAUAUUUACCUUAAAAGAAAUCGCCCAGAGCACUAUGAAAAACUAGUGAGUGCACAUGUUUUGUAAGAGAUAUUCUAUGUGUGACAGCUUAAUGGUUUUUGACGUGUACAUAGUCAUAUCUGUAAAACGGAGGUAUUAUUUAUGAGAAAAGCUGAAUGAAUUUUAUUGGAAGAAAAUAAUUGUUUACAGUUUUAAAGGCACCUAAUGCUGAACAGAGAUAUACUGUUAUUUCACUGAAUCAGAAAAAUCUUGUAACAGUGUUACAAGGAUAGUUUAUAAUUGUUCUUUUUUUUUUGGCUGUAUUGUUUUUUUUCUGACAGUAAAUAAUUGUCACAUCUUUGAAAAUGCUAAAUUUUAAGAUUACUGUGAGGGGGAACUGUGGAAUUUAUGAAUCUGCACAACUCAAACUGAGCCCAGAUCGCAAGACAUUUGAGUCAGAAAACAGCAAAAGACCCUUGAAAGAUUUCAUGCUGUUUCAUUGUUGUUUUAAUUUAACUAGGCUUUUUGUGUCCCUACAGUUAUGUAUUUUUUGGCUGUAACAUGGACAAUGUGAGAAUAACAAUAAAUACUCAUGCGAUGAUUAAUG